UUCCCACGUAAGCUAGUUUAUUUAUUUGCUGCCACAAUCAAUUAGACUCCUGUCUGAAAUCUAUUCUCAGGUGUCAUUUACACAGCACAUUGACAGUAACUCCCAAAUAAAGAAAUAAAUAGAAAGAAAGAAAAGAUAUGACAUGCUGUGGCAGGGCGGAAACACUGCUGGUGUUUUUGCGCCCUACGUGCAAGACUUUGCAUUUAUUUACAUACAAUUUAAUCUGCCAAAUGUCAGCCCAAGCUUCAAUCUUGUCUAAAUCUUUGGAGUUGCUGAUUGGGAGUUGGCUACCCCUCCCAGUUUUGUGUCGUCUGCAAAUUUGCAUAGCGUAUUGAUUAUAUCUUGGUCCAGAUCAUUUAUAUAGAUUAGUAAUAACAAUGAUCCCAAUACUGAUCCCUGUGGUACCCCACUUGUUAUGUUACUCCAGUUUGAUAACUAUCUGCUUUCUAUUUUGUAACCAGUUGUGAAUCCAUGCUGCUUCUUUACUGUUUAUUCCUACUGAUUUUAGGUAUAGUCUUUUGUGCUGUACUUUAUCAAAUGCUUUUUUAAAAUCUAAGUAGAUGAUGUCAUACGCACUAGCCUUGUCUACUCUAGUAGUCACCUCUUGAAAGAAAUCCAGUAAAUUAGUUAAACAAGAUCUACCCUUCCUAAAGCCAUGUUCGCUGUCUCCUAUGAUGUUGUUACUAUAUAAAUAUUCCUCCAUUUUGAUAUUCUUCUAUAAGAUUGAUGUUAAACAUUGGUCUGUAGUUUCCAGGGUCAAAUUUAUCUCCCUUUUUAAAUAUAGGAACAGUGUUGGAUCCUCAAGGCCAGGGCAAGCUAAGACGAAUGCUGGGAGUCUUUUCCUCUAGGUCAAGGUUAGCGACAACACAAAGACAAAAGAAACACACUGACAUAUUCAAACGUGAAGUUAUAUUAUUAGGGGAAGGGUGUAUUUGGACAGUUUUCAUGAAAUUGAUGCAGUGAGUUUUAAUGUGUUAAAAGAUCACCAUAAUCCCCAAAAGACCCCCUUAAUUGUUAAAUACGGUGAAUGAGGAAAUCAAAGACAGUGAAGAGUAACAAUUAGUAACAAAUUAAUUUUGUUGAAAGGAAAGAUCGGUAGGAUUAAUGACUUGAUCUCUUAACAGAAUUUAGUACCAUUUAAAAUGAUUGAAAACAUCAUGCAUCUAAAAAGCUUCGCUGUAUGUUAUAAAAGUGUUUUGUUUUUUAUGGCCUAGGUAUCUGUGUUGCAGAUGUUCUAGCAUUUUUCUUUCUUAAUUACAUCUGGAUCUUUUAAGAUAUUUAUUUUAACUGUGCCUUCUCCAGCAAAGCAGAAAGCCAAAAUGGAUGACAUUGUAGUGGUGGCUCCAGGAACACAGUCUUUGAGGAACAUAUACAACGACCCUGAUGUUAUUAAACUGCAGGAAAUCCCAACAUUUCAGCCUCUUCUGAAAGGGGUCUUGAGUGGACAGACCUCUCCCAGUAGUAGCAAACUGGAGAAACUGGACUCCCAGCAGGUUCUGCAACUAUGCAUGCGCUACCAGGAUCACCUCCACCAGUGCGCCGAGGCUGUUGCCUUUGAUCAGAAUGCUCUGGUGAAGAGAAUCAAAGAGAUGGACCUUUCGGUGGAGGCUCUCUUCUGCAUCAUGCAGGAACGGCAGAAGCGCUACGCCAAGUACGCUGAGCAGAUUCAGAAGGUAAAUGAGAUGUCUGUCAUCUUGCGGCGGAUCCAGAUGGGCAUCGAUCAGACAGUGCCCCUGAUGGAGAAGCUCAACAUCCUGCUGCCAGAGAGCGAGCGCCUGGAACCCUUCAGCAUGAAACCAGAAAGGGAGCCCAAGUAGAGCCCGCCAGGGGCGCCAAACACCGAAACACCAUCCUGUACAGUCAAAAUCCUUUACAUUCAAAAAGCAUUCAUUCAAGACAACUUUUUUGUUUCUGUAUUCAAACUGGAGUUUAAAUGUAUGCUGAAAAGAUUAUUUGAUAUUUUUAAAUGCUAAUACUGUACCUGUACAUUAUUCCCUAUGGUAGUCAGUGGCCAUGUUGCAUGUCUUCUACCUUAAACGUGAAUAUAAGUGAAAUGACGAGGUGUAAUGGGGCGAAUGGGAGGCAGCUUUGCAACCCAUUCUUUACUAUUAAAGGUUGCAUUGAAAUUAGGGAGCACUGUAAACUGUAAUGUGAAAUGAAUGCAAAAGGACUAUUGCUUACUUAAAAAGAAUCUUCUUUGAAUCUAAAUGGAUUGCUUCUUGAACAAACUGACAAGUAAUUUGCAAGGAAAAGAAUGCCUUUUGAAUGCAAAAAUAGGAUUCACUUCUGGUGCAGAUGUUGGUCAAAUCUGUAUACUAUGUGUAUGUAUGUAUGUGUAAAUUAUGUAUGUAUGUGUGUGUACAUUUUCCACAACAUUAAAUCACCAUUUUGUGAUGGCCUCUUCA